UGGAGUGGAUACGGAGCGGCGCUCGGGAGUCACGUUGGAUAUGCGCAGUCUUGUCCUGCGACCCACGAGUCGCGCUGUUCGUCUCGUCAGCUGUGUUAUGUCUGCUUGCCGUUUGUUUACAUCGUAAUCAGCUGUUUUUUGUUGCACCUGAGCAAUGCCUUUCAUCUCGAAGGAUUGGCGAUCUCCGGGCGAGCUAUGGGUGAAGACGGACGAAGGAUGGGAGAGAAAGAAGGUCCUGGAGCACGGCAAACUGCUGAAGCAGCAGGAAUCGGAGAAAAAUGAAAGUGCGGCCGUGCAACCGUAUUGCCACAUAACAAUAAAAUGCACACGAGAGAUCGCAGGAUUUAAUGAAUUGGAUGAGGUCGUUAAGAAGCUGGACUUCAGAAGCGCCGUGCGCGAUGUUCGAAGAUUCAACUACAUCUGUGCUUUGCUCGAUCUUUUGGUCGGGCAGCAGAUGACCGCCCUUUCCGGAUGUACCCAGAAGGUCCUUCUGGCGAUGCUCGAAGAAGUCGCUAACUAUGCCACUGCCAACCAACACAACCCCAGAGCGCUGCGACGACUGCUCACAAAAUUACGAGCGCUGAGCAAUGCCGAACAGUCCGCCUGCUGGGGAGGACCUCUUGGCUCGAAGAUGCUUUGGAACCAACACUCGCUGACAAUAAAACGCAUCCAAAACAACGCGAGCAACUUUAAAAUCAUCGAACCUUUACCGGGUUCACGGCCACAGUUCCUACAGCUGCCCGAGGAAUGCAUCAGAGAGGUAGUACUCAGACUUUCGGACCAUAAGGAUUUGAUCUCCGCUUCGGAGGUAUGCGAUGAAUUGACUGCCAUCGUUAACGAGAAGCGCGUUUGGAGGGAAUUGACGAGGUUCCAUUUCACGCCUCAUCAGAUCGACACCAUCAAAGCCAAAUUAAACAAGAGCGAGUGGAAGGACGUAUAUCACGCAUUGAAAAGGAAUUACGGCGUGAGCGAGGAGAGGCAGUACGCCGAGAUGCUCUCGCUUUGUCGCUACUGCUGCUGUUUGUUUUGGAAGUCCUCGGGACACCCUUGCAUCGCCGACCAAAGCCCAGAAUUUAGGGCCAGAAUCGAGGAAGCCGGACGCGUGUCUCCUCCCAGUCCGGUCCCACCAUCCGCUUUCCUCAAAUUCUUCUCAUUGUAAACGACAUGAACGAUGGAGAGACUUAAUAUUCAAACCACUUCUAACAUGCGCUUCGAAGACAUUUUGCGUCCUCUCGUAACAUUUCUUCAGAGAAGACUAUUUUUUUAAUACUAUUAACAUAGCUUUAAAUCGAAAGAAUAUUUUUUGUAGUCAUUACUAGCUGGUGUUUAACGUGUUCUCGGUACAAGAAACCUUGUACAUAGCUGCUGAAAAAAAACAUCAUUGUAACAAUAAUUUGAUUACAAAAUUAUUUUACUUAAUGAACUGCAGCUAAAAUUAU